GGGAGAUUCUGUUCCUCUGUGGCACUCACCUUUUUCUCUUCUUCAAACAUCAUGACGAUUGUGUUCAGAAGCGACUCUAUGAUCACCAACACAGGCUUUUAUGUGAUGUACAAUGCUGUUAGGCAAAAUGAACAGGAAACAGAUGAAGGAACAGAAUUGCGCCUUGUUGGUGGUUCUGGGAGAUGUGCAGGAAGAGUCGAGGUUCAUUACCAGGGAACCUGGGGCACAGUGUGUGAUGACCUAUGGGAUCUGAAGGAAGGAGAAGUGGUAUGCAGGCAGCUCAAGUGUGGAAAAGCCAUUGCAGCCCCUGGGGAAGCUCACUUUGGACCGGGCUCAGGAAGCAUUCUCUUGGACAACAUGCAAUGUGCAGGAAAUGAGAACUAUCUUGGACAGUGUGCCCACUCUGGCUGGUCUCAGAACAACUGUGGUCAUCAUGAAGAUGCUGGAGUCAUCUGUUCAGAUGCUGAAAAUUUGAUGCCAGGUGUGAUUCCUACACCUCCAGUAAAACUUGAUUUCCUUUUUCCCCUUUUUGUAGGAGGAAGUAACUCUUGUGGUGGAGUCAUCUCAAAGCUUUGGGGCUCAUUUUCUAGCCCCUGGUAUCCUAAACACUAUCCAACAGAUAUAGAAUGUGUAUGGGUCAUACAUGAAGAGAAAUUCCGCAUAGAACUUCAGGUCCCCAGCCUGAAGUAA